AAUGUGCUUUCUAGCCAUGCAGACAAAGUGUUAAAGAAGUUUAGAAUAAUUAAUAAAUAUAAUAAUAAAUAAACUAAGUUACAAUAUAUUAGCGCCUAUUAAGUAAUUCACCAAAAACACAGUCAAAAUGAAUAGCAACAUAACUUCGCGCUUCGAUAUGGCCGCUGAGAUUGCGUCCAUAGCAUUGGACGAAUUCAAAUCGCACCAUGUUGAUUGGAAUUAUACGGGACUGAUACAGCGCUAUUACCAUUUGGUCGAGCGAGACUUCGGCGAUCCCCGCGCAACACGUUUUCCCCUAAUGGAACAUCCCCUUUACACAUUCGGUUUGGUUGCCAUAUACCUGUCUUGGGUCCUCUUGAUCGGACCAACAUUCAUGCGCGACAGAAAACCCUUCCAACUGCGGCGUACAUUAGUCAUCUACAAUGCCUUUCAGGUGGCGUUAAGUGGGUACAUGUUUUACGAGCACCUGAUGGCUGGUUGGCUGAACAACUACAAUUUGAAAUGUCAACCCGUGGAUUACUCAGAUGGACCAAUGUCAAAGCGGAUGCUGAAUCUUUGUUACGUUUAUUACCUCUCGAAAUUGACUGAAUUUGCUGACACAUUCUUCUUUGUGCUGCGGAAAAAAUCGUCACAAAUAACAUGGUUGCAUGUGUACCAUCACUCGGUAACGCCAUUGGAAACCUGGGUGCUCGUAAAGUUCUUGGCUGGUGGCAAUGCAACAUUCCCCAAUCUGUUAAACAAUUUCGUGCACGUCUGCAUGUAUUUCUACUAUAUGAUGUCCGCCAUGGGACCAGAAUACGCCAAGUUUCUGUGGUGGAAGAAGUAUAUGACUGAGUUGCAAAUUGUAAGUGGCAAUGCAACAUUCCCCAAUCUGUUAAACAAUUUCGUGCACGUCUGCAUGUAUUUCUACUAUAUGAUGUCCGCCAUGGGACCAGAAUACGCCAAGUUUCUGUGGUGGAAGAAGUAUAUGACUGAGUUGCAAAUU